AUGCAAUGCUUAUGUUUGAUAAGACAACUAACAGACAUCGAGAUAACCUUCAAGCUGAGUGUUUCCUGUCGUCUUCACUGGUCAUUGGUUUACUACCCAUCAUUGUACAUGCUCUCUUCUCCUCCUCCUCCUAACCCACAUGUGCAGAGGUUCAGGUACCCAGGAGGCCACACCACUAAAAUGAAAAGCAAACAAGACUCAGGUUUUGGUUUUGUAACAUUUGAGAGUGAGGAUGUAGUGGACAAGGUCUGCGAGAUUCAUUUUCAUGAGAUCAACAAAAAAAUGGUUGAAUGCAAAAAAGCACAACCCAAAGAAGUCAUGCUACCAACCACUCUGGCUGCACGUGGUCGAGGUCUGCCUCGAGGAGCCUACAUGACAACGGAUGGCGAAGUUGUGUGGGAUAUGCCAAGCGAUCUAAUCAUGCCUGAAUUCUGUAAGUGUCCGCACAGUUCUCCAUCGUCAGCCAUGACAGUAUUGCCUUUAUAUAUCUAUCUCUUCAUCUCCUGGGGGAGGAGAUCUCUUAUAUUACUGAUUUAA